AUGCACGUUAUGAUACUUGUGAUAGCGAUAUCAGAGGACAGCUUCAAGGGUUUGUUGGUUAGUGGAUCCAUUAUCAAUUCCAAGUCCGAUAUUGUUGAGAAUCUGCUCGAGAAGGGAUUUUCGGACCUUGAUAAUCCUUGUACGAGCUCUCACAGCAGGAUGUUCUCUUAUCUGCGACCUCACCGGCGCACAUCGACCCCUUCAUCCCCGAAAUCAGAGGUGCCCAGUUUUGAGCCUCCGACACGUUCAGCGGACCAUGGUCAUCCGCCACGACUCCAAGAUGUUAAGUACGAAGAUGAACCAUCGCCAAUCUCUCCUUCACCUCACCUACCUCCAAUCGCACGAGUUUCGAGCGCGGGGUAUGGAAAUACAUUAGAGAAUUUGAGUUUCAGUGGGAAGAUAACUACACAUGGCCAUGAGCCGAGAGGGCAGAGCUGGGUGGAUGCGAAACUUAACAAUGCGCGGAAGAGAAGUUCGGAAAAUGGAACCAGCCAGAAAUCACCACUAUAUGCGAGCAAUCAGAGCCCUGAUUGUGCGGGAAAUGCAGGACCAGUUUCUACGAGGAAUACUGGAUUUGACCAUUCAAAAUCACAAUCCAAUGCCGUCUACGAUUCAAGUACGAAGAAGCAUGUUGGGCCGACCACCCCAGAUCUAGAUAUCAAGCCUACUGGGAGACGACCUACGGGUGCUCGAAUACCUUCCCCACCCCUCGAAGCGCCUCCUCCACAAUCAUCUAAAGGAAGGCUGAAGAUGUUAAACCCUAUGGCUCUUCUGGCUCGACGGAGAACUUCUCAAGCUAUAACUCAAUUAACUCCGGAAUCACUUACUACAAGUUUUAGCUCAAAGGAGAGUUUUGAUCCUCGAAUUAAAGGGACGGUUGUGCACGAUUUCAGUGCUCCAAGAGGACCGCGACGGAACGCAUCCCACAAUGAUGCCAGCGUUUCGGAUCCGACCAGAUCAUUCCAAAGAAGCCCUUAUGCAGAUUCGACCACGAGUGAAAAAGCAGGAAAUCAUACCCCGGUAUUUACCGAGAACUUUGAAGAGGAGCAAUAUCCUGCCGCAGGGCCUCAUGUACGGAAAGCUAACGACUUGUCUGAUCUCACUGCUCCGAAGCCCGCGUAUGCGCGAGAAGUUCAGAGACAAGCUGAUCAAGGCUCAGCUUCGAAAGUCACCGAUGAGUUGCAGACUGGAGACCUGAAGAGGUUGAGUGCACAAAAAGUCGCUCCAGAUGUUGUAUCCGGAGUACCACUAAAAGACGAAACCCCUGUUCCGAUCGAGUCGAAACGAAUAUCGGUUGGUCCUACAUCAACUCCACCUAAAGCACAUCCAUCGUCAAAAAAGGGCGGACGGGCACGAAAUGUAUCCGAUGCUUCAGCAAAAGAUGCCCUAAAACACAUGAAGAGUACGUCUUCGAGGUUUAGUUUCGAUAUGAUAGGAGCCGCGGAACAGGAAAGGUUACUUGAAGAUAGACAUCGCCAGAAGGCAAUGGAGAAAAAGAACGACCCGGACAAUAAUGACGACCAACAAAUUUAUGACGAGGACGAUGACUUUAACUAUGAUGAUAUGAUGGAUGAUGAUGGGUUGGAGGAGAGGAUACCCGGCGUCAACGCUGAUUAUGAUGAAGAAGAUGCAUUUGAAGGAUUCGAUGGUGGAUAUGAAGAUGAUGUACCGGGUAUCAACACUACUAGCCUGGAGGAAAUACAAGAAACAGAAGAACAGCAAGAGGUAGAACAAGCCGCGCCAGUUAAAGACGAAGCGCAACCAGAUCUGCUGGAUAGGAAUGUUGCAGGCUUUUCUAGUCUCAUGAGCCCGUAUACUCCUGGGGCUGCAACAACGCCUCGGGACUCUAAUGGACAAGUUAUUGGAUACGCUAUGACGAAAUACUCACCUUUUUUUCCGUCAGAACCACCUAAUUCAGUCUUCACACCAAUUUCUCCAGAUGGAAAUAUUUACCCUCCAGAUAAGCAACUGUCUGGGGAGCAAUCAACCUCAGAAGCGAAUCAUCAGGGUCUUGGUAUACUCACCCAGAAUCUACAUGAAUCACGGGAAGACGUCGUACAGCAGCAAAGUUCUAAGUCGACCUCGUUUCCUCCAAUUUCAGGACUAGAUGAUGAUGAUCUAUACUUUGACGACGGAAUGAUUGGUCUGGAGGGAGAAGCUGAUUCAGGUGAAAAUGCGGGCGCUUUUGAUGAAUCUGUAUUUGACAACAACGACACGGAUCAAUAUGGACGACCCAUAAAAGAUCAAUUUAUGGCUAGACAAACAUCUAAUACUGUUUCAACCAACGCUGCCGGCAUAUCAGAGGAAAUAAAAGAGGAUACACUCUCACCAUUGUCUCCGACGGUUAAUCGACCAGUUGGAGGUUUAGCACCACAACCAUCUUUCUCCGAAAACAGAGGCUCAGGCGCACCAGCUCAAACAAUAACUCAAUCUUUAACGCAAGAUAAGCUUGCUGAAUAUCAGGCUUCACUUGCGGCAGCUGCUUUUAGUGCAGCGGCCAGUGGAAAAUUCCGACGUGAUAGCACACAGAGUAUAUUUCACAUUGACUCGGAUCGCGAAGAAAAUCAACCUGACUUAGUUCCAGAUUCAGGUCAUACCUCUUCCCAAUAUGAACAUUUAUCCUCGUCUUAUGAUGACUUUGAUUACGACGAUGCACUAGAAGAUGAUGAAUUCAUCGCUGCUGCCAAUGCAGAAGCGCUGGCUAAUGAUCAGGAUGGAUUUUAUGGUCAAGAAUUUGGGUUUUACUCGCAUCCUGCAGCUAGCUCGGCAGAAUAUAUAAAUGGUGGGUAUUUUGGUCCAAGGGGAAUGGAUGAAUAUUCGAAUCGUAAUUCCUUCAUGUCGAUUUCACAUCUACAUGCCCCGUCAGGUAGUUCUCCGAUGAUUAGUCCAGGGUUAGCACAGUUGAUGAUUGCGGAAGAUUAUCAGAGGGCUUCGGAUAUGAGCUUGGAAGCAUUGUUGAAGUUGAGGAGUCGGGCAUGGGGUGGGAGUCAGGCUAGUGUGAAGAGUCUGGGCAGUAAUGGGAAUGGAAAUGGCAGCCCGAAGAGUGUCGAUGGGGGUGGUAGUCCUGUGGCUGGAGGACCAUUUGUACAACCACCUUGGGGACACCGCAGGAAGAGUAGCGCGUUUAAUCUUGUAAGUGAAGAGGCGGAGAGAGAGGUUGAGGAUACGGGAAAUUUGAAUACGAAUCUAUCGUCGCCCGAAUUGGAAGAAAAGCAAGCGCCGGCGAGAGAUUUAUCAUCAGGAAAUGAACAUGAAGGAGAUGUCGAAAAAGUUAGGAGACCAUCAUAUACCAAACAACACAAAUCCAACGCGAGCGCGGAGUCUAUCAGCUACUCCAAAGAGGACGAUCCGAUCAAAGGCGAGAGAUGGGUAUUAGAAAGGAGAAGAACGGCCGAUAGCGGGGAGGUGGAAGUCUUGGGUCGGGAGGUCCUGAAUGGUGGUGCUAUUUAA